CCUUUUAACUAAACAUCAGAUAUACUUAGAAUUGUUUUCUACUUGUCCAUUAGAUCACUGACGCCAUGGAAAAACUAAAAGGACUGCUGCCUCUCUUUAUUUUAGCAUCAAGUUUCCUCGUGAGCAUUGCACAAGAAACAGAAUGCAAACAGGAAGCUGAUAUUGUCUUUCUUGUGGAUGGUUCUUGGAGUAUUGGUCCAGAAAACUUUCAAAAGAUCCGUGAUUUUCUCCUCACUUCAGUGAGCAGUUUCCAUGUUGGUCCUGACAUGGUUCAGAUUGGCCUAGUGCAGUACAGUGACUCACCACACACUGAAUUCUACCUUAACAGCUUUGAAAACAAGGAGAAGAUACUUGACUACAUCACAAAUCUCCCAUAUCGAGGAGGUGGCACCAGUACUGGACUAGGGUUAAGUUUACUGCUGAAGCAGCACUUUGUAAAAGAAGCAGGAAGUCGUGCUAAAGAUGGGGUGCCUCAAAUUGCCGUGGUUAUCACAGAUGGACAAUCACAGGACAACGUGGAGCCUCAUGCACAGGACCUGAAGCACCAGGGAAUCAUACUUUAUGCCAUUGGUAUUAAAGAUGCUGAUAUGGAGCAACUGAAGGAAAUUGCCACUAAGCCAUAUGAGCAGCACAUCUACAGUGUGUCUGAUUUUGCAGCUUUGCAAGGAAUCUCCCAACGCUUCAGACAGAAUCUCUGUACAACUUUGGAGGAGGCCAAACGUCAAGUGUCUCAGGCACCACAAGGGUGCAAAGCUAAUUUGGCUGACAUUGUGUUCCUUGUGGAUAGCUCUGGUAGCAUUGGUGAUGCUGAGUUCAUGAAGUUGAAGAAGUUCCUGCACACGUUCAUAAUGGAUCUUGAUAUUAAUCCUGAUAAAAUCAGAGUAGGAUUGGCACAGUUUAGUAAUGAACCUCACAGAGAGUUCCUGUUGGGGGAGUAUGCAGAUAAAAAUGACUUGCUGGAGAAAGUAGACAAACUAACUUACCUGAAAGGAGGCACUGAAACUGGAAAAGCUCUCAGCUUUAUUCUAAAUAAUUACUUCGCAAAAGCAAAUGGCAGUCGGAUCGAAGAGAAUGUGCCUCAGAUUGCUGUGGUGAUCACAGAUGGUCACUCAGGUGAUGAGACAGAGAGUCCAGCCAUGGAGCUACGGAGAAAAGGGGUGUUAAUCUUCACCAUUGGGGUUGGUGAAGCCAGCAUCAACGACCUGCAGUCUAUUGCUAAUAAACCAUAUCAGCGUUUUGUACUGAGUUUCACUGACUAUGAGGAGCUGUUGAAAGCAACCAGCAGCACAAGAGACAAAGUGUGUAUUUCUGUGAACAACCAGCAAGAAGCUCUAGCACCAACAUUUGCAGACGUGUUUGUGUUGGUGGACAGCUCAGUUGAACCGCCUGAAAAGGUGCCACAGUUACUCAGGCACCUAGCCGAACAACUUAACGUGGCUAGUUCAUCUAAUCGCAUGGCUUUGGCUCAGUUUGGUGAAGACGUUUCAGUGGAAUUUCGUUUUGAUGCUUACAAAACUAAAAACGAAGCACUUGCCCUCAUCCGCAAAUUCAGACUCAGAGGAACUGGACAGCGCAAACUAGGAAAGGCGAUGGAUUACGUGCGAACUCAACUCCUCACCACUGAAGAAGGAAGUCGAAUUGCUCAGGGCUAUAAGCAGUACCUGCUGGUGGUAAGCAAAGGAGAAUCUGAUGACAAUAUACUGAGAGCAGUUCGUGCAUUAAAGGAUGAGGGAGUGAUCCUUGUUAACGUUGACCUAAGUGAAAAGUUUGACUUUCCGUCCUUAACAAAUGCUAAACCCGACUUAACACGUGGAGUUCUUCCACCUGACACAACUUCAGGGUUUGAUCCUUCUGCACAGUUACCUAAAAUUGUUUAUUCUGCAUCUGGCGAUAUCCAACAAAUAUCAGAAAAUGUGAUGACUAUCGUGCAUAGUAAGGCUGCGUUUGUUCCAAUCCAAGAGUGCAAACAAGUGGCAGAUAUUGUGUUUAUUGUGGAUGUGUCUACUAGCACCAAAAGUUCAGAACUGGUCCGGAGUUUCCUGUCCCUCAUGGUUAAUAACUGGCAGAUAAAGCCUGACAGUGUGCGUGUGGGAAUUGUGCUGUACAGUGAAACACCCUCAGCUGAUUUUUACUUAAACACGUUUUAUAGCAAGCCUGAGACUUUGCAGUACAUUAAACGAUUGCCAUUUGGGGAUGGGGAGUCUAAAACUGGCGGAGCUCUGAAGUUUGCAAGAGAGAAGGUUUUUACCAAAGAGAUGGGCAGUCGACGUGCUUUAGGGGUGCAACAGAUUGCUGUGGUAAUAACAGAGGUGACGUCCUUGGAUAAUGCUACUGCUGCAGAAGCUGUUAAGUUAAUAGGCUCUGGAGUCAAGGUCUAUGCUCUUGGAGUCUCCAGUGACAAUAAGGAACAGCUAAAACAAAUCUCAUCUUAUCCUCCAGAGGAAUUUGUUUUCAGACUUCAGAACUAUUUAAAUGUUACUAAAGUGGAAAAAUUAUUGAGGGAGAAUUUUUGUCAGAGUAUAUAUCAUCCAUCUGUUUUGAAGUCCAUGAAAUGCGAUUUAAAGCAAGGAUGUGUAUAUACAGAAAAAGCAGACAUCUAUUUUCUCAUUGAUGAGUCCACUAGUUUUAAAGACUAUUUUCAGUUGCUAAAAGACUUCAUUCAAAACUUUGUCUCAAUGUUUACUAUUGGACCAAAACAGGUUCGUGUGGGUGUGGUGAAAUUUGCAGAUAAUUCCACACUAGAGUUUAGUCUGGAUAAGUAUCAUGACAAAAUCACUCUUAAAAAUGCUAUUAACAAAAUCAAACAUGGAGGUGGAGACAGAUAUAUAGGAAAAGUCCUGUCUAACAUGACAAAAUACUUUGAGGAGGCCGAAAAGACCCGAGGCGCCAAGGUUCGCAAUAUUCUCAUUGUCAUAACUGAUGGAAAAUCAAGGGAUGAUGUGAGAAACCCAGUAGCACAGAUAAGAGCACAGGGGGUGUUCAUCUAUGCCAUUGGAGUAAAAGAUGCACAAUUAAAAGAUCUCCGGAAGAUCACAGAUGACCAAGAGAGGACAUUCUAUGGCAACAAUUAUCAUGCACUGUCAGAAUUGACAAAUAAAAUUGUUAGUCAGAUUUGCUCAGAAGAUGCCUGCAAGAGUAUGUGGGCAGAUGUCAUCUUUUUAGUUGAUGGCUCAGGAAACACUGCACCUGAAGACUUCUCAAAAAUUAAGGAAUUCAUGAAUACUGCAUUGUCCAAAUUUAGAAUUGGAAAUGAUAGUGUACAGGUUGGAGUUGUGCAGUUCAGCUCAAACUCAACGAUUGAAUUCGCCCUCAACAAGUUUUCUGAUAAAAAGCUGAUAAAGCAGGCACUUAAUAAUAUGAAGCAACAAGAGCAGCCCAUAAAGAAUAUAAAUAAACUGGAAGAAAGCACUAUGAUUGGGGCUGCACUCAAUUUUGUGUCAGAGUAUUUCAAUCCACCAAAAGGAGGUCGUUCCAAUGCCCCACAGUUCCUCAUUGUGAUCACGAAUGGCAGGUCGAUGGAUGAUGUUGCUCAGCCUGCACAAGCCCUCAGAAACAAGAGCAUUACAAUAUACUCUAUAGGAGUUGGUGAUUAUAGCAGCAAACAUCUGAGGGAGAUCAGCGGGACUCAGGACCUGGUUUCUCUGGACAAAGAUGAUGAUAUGGAGAAUUUCUUAGAUAACAUCUUCAUGCUCAAGAUCUGCAAAUCAAAAAACAAAUGCCAGAAAUCACAGGUGGCAGAUGUUGUCUUCUUAGUGGACGGUUCCACCAGCAUCACUGUUAAAAACUUUGAGAUUUUGAAGUUUUUCAUGAAGUUAACAGUGAACACCACACAUGUUGGAAAAGACAAUGUCCGUUUUUGUACCAUUGUCUAUUCUACUAAAGCUAAGAUCCAAUUUCAGCUUAAUCAAUUCUAUAGCAAAGAAGAGGUGCUGGAUGCUAUCACUGCUCUGAAUUAUCCCUAUGGGGAUACCUACACAUCCAAGGCUCUAGAAUACUCACUGGAUUAUUUUGAUGAAUCCAGAGGUGGGAGAGGUGCACAAGGUGUACCACAGAUGAUGUUUCUCAUUACAGAUGGUGAAGCUACAGACCCAUAUCAGUUAGAGGCUGCUGCAAAUGAGCUUCACAAACGUGGAGUUCAUAUUUAUGGUAUUGGAGUCGCAAAAGCAAACCCAGAUGAACUGCUGAAAAUCACCAAAGACAUCAACAAGGUUUUCCACGUAAGCAAAAUCCAAGGUUUGACUGACAUUUUGGAGGACAUUUCCCAUGAGAUCUGUGAUAAAACAAAACCAGAGUGCCAAAAAGAGGCAGCUGAUUUGGUCAUUUUGAUUGAUGGCUCUGAAAAAAACACUGGAGAUCUUUGGAAAAAUGUGCUAAAUUUUACACUGGGCAUUGUAGAGAAAUUUCGUAUCCGACAAGACCUCUUUAGAGUUGGUGUAGCCCAGUUUGGGGAAAGAUACAAAAAGGAAUUUUACUUGAAGGAAUAUUACGAUGAAACGGAUGUGAAGAAUACCAUUUCAAAAAUUACCCCAGUGAAAUUUAAGAGAAACAUUGGAGCUGCACUGAAUGGAGUGAAAGAGUUUUUUACAAGUGAUAAAGGAAGCCGCAUUGAGGAAGGAAUUCCACAAAAUCUGAUUCUGAUCACUGUUGGGAAAUCAUCUGAUGAGUUCACUGAUGCAGCAAAUAAUUUAAAAGCCAUGGGCAUUCAGAUUUUUGCAGUCGGGACAACUGAAGAAAUUAGAAAUGAUCUCAAUAGCAUUACUGGUUUCCCUGACACGGUUUUUUUACUGGACAGCUUUGAUCAUCAAACUGUGAGUUGUAAAACAGAGAUGUUGAUAAAUGCCAUUUGCACUCAUAUCCCAGCUGACAUAACAGAUGAUUGCACAAUGAAUAUUGGAAUUGGAUUUGAUAUCUCCCAUGGUAGUUCAAGCUCACAGUCUCUCUUUAGUAGCCAACAUAAGCUGCAGGCCUACCUUCCUGAGAUUAUCAGAUACAUCUCCACUGUCGACAACUUGUGCUGUCUACCCAAGGAGACUGUUUUGCAAACCAAAAUUAGUUUCCAUGUGGUUGCUAGUGAUGGCAAGAUACUGUAUGACACUAAUUUUGAGCAUUACAGUAAAGACAUAAUAAAGAAGGUAAUGGCAUUGCAGAUGACUCAGGGUUUGGCCUUCAACGCCAAGCUCCUGCGCUCUUUUGAGGAUAAAUUUGUAGGAUAUAGCUCUGGUGUGAAGGUAGUGAUCAUUUUCACCGAUGGCCUGGAUGCAUCUGUCGAUGACCUCAUGGUUGCCUCUGUGGCUCUAAGAAGAAGUGGUGUCCAUGCACUGAUUCCAGUCGCUCUGGAAGGAUUCAGAAGCAUCACACACCUACAGAAACUACAGUUUGGACGAGGAUUUUCUUACAGGAAGCCUAUCAUGAUUGGCAUGCAAAAUGUAGCCAGUGCCAUGAAGAAUGAGAUUGAUGAUGUGGCCUCUAGAGAGUGCUGUAACACGUGUAAAUGCACUGGUGAUGAAGGGGUGCAAGGACGUCAAGGACCUAAAGGGACAAAGGGCUUUCCUGGACUCGAAGGACAUGCUGGAUUUCCUGGAGAACAUGGAGAACCUGGGGAGAGAGGAAUACCAGGUACAAAUGGGACCGAGGGACAUCAAGGCUGCACUGGUAGAAGAGGCCCAAAGGGUAACAGUGGCUAUAGGGGCGAAGUUGGGGAACAAGGAGAACUUGGAUUAGAUGGAAUAAAUGGAGAGCAGGGAGUGCUUGGAUUAGCAGGAACCCAAGGACAGCGAGGUGGUCUGGGCAGCCCAGGAAAAAAGGGUGUCAAAGGAAUCCCAGGAGUGCCUGGACAAAAAGGACUGAGAGGAGAUCCGGGUGAGCCAGGAAUUGACAAUACCAUCCGUGGUCCUAAGGGUGAGCCUGGGUACCCUGGCCUACAGGGUGACACAGGGCCAGAUGGCAAUCCAGGCAGGCGUGGAGAUGAUGGCAGUCCUGGUCAAAGAGGAAGAAGAGGCACUGUUGGUCCACCAGGUACCACUGGACCUGCAGGCCAACCAGGAUUACAAGGAACCUCUGGAGCUUCAGGACAACUGGGAUCACUGGGUCCUUCUGGUGCUCCUGGACAAAAAGGGAUACCUGGAUAUCCAGGACAACAGGGACAACCUGGUAUACAAGGAAACACUGGAUCUAAAGGAAGUGUAGGAACCAGGGGACAAAAGGGUCAGCAAGGGGAACCUGGAAGUAAAGGAACAGCAGGCCCACAGGGUCCCAGAGGCCUACCGGGAAGUGAUGGUCCAGAUGGAUUUGGGCUACCAGGACCUAAAGGGCAGAAGGGAGAUCCUGGUUUCCCAGGGAAUCCUGGAACUCAGGGUGAUCCUGGAGAUCCUGGGAAAAAUGGUGGUAAUGGACCUAAGGGUAUAAGAGGCAGAGGGGGAACUGCAGGCCAAACAGGAGCACGUGGUAAUCCUGGUGACAUCGGACCAGCUGGACACAGGGGCCCUAAAGGACGUCCAGGAACCAGACCAAUGUCUCCUUGUCAAUUGAUCAGCUAUGUACGAGACAGCUGUGUUUGCUGUAAAGAUAAAGCAACUUGCCCUGUUUACCCCACUGAACUGGUGAUUGGUUUGGACAUGUCUGAGGAUGUGACUCCUGCAUUAUUUCAGAGAAUGAACUCAACUCUUCUUUCUCUGCUGGACAGCAUUGAUAUCGCUGAAAGCAACUGUCCAACAGGGACACGAGUGGCUGUGGUCUCUUACAGUUCUAACACCAAGUACCUCAUCCGUUUUUCUGACCAUCGCCAUAAGAAAGACUUGGUGGAAGCUGUGAAGAACAUCUCUCUGGAACGUACAUCCAACAGACGCAACAUUGGUGCAGCCAUGCGCUUUGUUGGUAGAAAUGUCUUCAAACGUAUUCGUCAGGGUGUUCUGAACAGGAAGGUGGCGAUCUUCCUCUCUGGUGGACAGUCCCAGGAUGCGACAUCCAUAACCACAGCUGUUCUGGAAUACAAGGCUCUGGAUAUAAACCUUGGUGUUAUUGGUUUCAGGGAAACUCCUAAUGUUCAGCAAGCUUUUCAGGCUGAUGAAACAGGAAGCUUUAUUAAUGUGCUGGAGAGAUCACAGACCCAGAAUACAGCGCUUGAGAAGAUCCAGCGAUGCAUCAUCUGCUUUGAUCCUUGCAAUCCAGCUAGAGAUUGUCCUAGCACCAGUGAGGUACCCACUCCAAAGCAGGUAAACAUGGACCUGGCGUUGUUGGUGGAUGGUUCUCGGAGCAUCCAGGCAGAUCAGUAUGAGGGAGUGAAGCAGGUGUUGGGCACUGUGUUGGACCAGCUUUUAGUGAGUGGUCAGCCCAACAAAGCUGACAGACAGGCACGGGUGGCACUUUACCAGCAGAGCUCAUCAUACAGUGAGGCCCAGGCUCCAGUCAAGCAGAUCUUUAGUUUCCAGCAGUUUCGGGACCGCAACCUGAUGAAGCAGAGCAUCUUUGAAAAUCUACAGCAGACUGGUGGCUACUCCAGGCUGGGACAUGCCAUAGAAUAUGUAAUCAUGCAGGACCUCCUCACUGUUUCCAGGCCUCGAAAAAACAAGAUGCUGCUGCUUAUAGUUGGAGAUGAGACAGAAUAUUCUGACAGUGCAAAACUGGACUUCAUCUCCAUGAAAGCCAAGUGUCAGGGUGUGGUGAUUUUCACUCUUACUGUCGGGGAUCAUUUCAACAGCACACAGGUGGAGGAACUUGCCAGUAUUCCCACAGAGCAGCACAUAGUUCACUUAAACGAUGUAAAGCAAGGACAGCAGGAGUACACUCAACGCUUUAUAAGGACUUUCCUACACAUUCUGAACCUGGAAAUGAACACCUAUCCUGUUCCAUUGCUCAAACAACAUUGUGAGAAUCUUCAGCAACAGCAAGGUCAAGAACAUGUCUUUGAGGCUGCUAAGAGACCACACAUACACAGAUUUUCUUUGGAGAAUCAAGAAGUCAUAUCGUACAGUGAAGAGAGAAGUACGCAAUACAAAUAUAAGACUGAGCAUGAAAAUGGAGGCCUGCUGACCUCAGGGCCUGAAGAUUCAAAUAAUGUGUGCUUCCUACAAAAAGACACUGGGCCCUGCAGAAAUUAUGUACUCAAAUGGUUCUUUGAUCAAGAGCAGAAUCGGUGCUCUGCUUUCUGGUAUGGAGGAUGUGAAGGGAACCUUAACAGAUUUGACAGUCAGAAUGACUGUGAAGCCCGUUGUCCAUAACAUUGUACUGAAUAUUAACAUUCCACUUUUUCUUUGUUUUUAUAUAAAAUUGUGGUACAGUAGGAUAUGAACAAUGUGUUUAUGCACAUUUCACCCAAAUAACCUACACACAAAACCACAAGUAACAGUAGUUAAAAUCUCCAUAUUCUACUGACGGUGGCACAUUCAUAUUCGCUGUUGACAAAUGUGGUAUGACUGACACUCCUCCCCUUUGCUUUGUAAAUAAAAAAUGACUCACUAGAGUUAGUUUGUCAUGAAAGAAAAUACAUAUGAAGGUGCUGAUACUUUAUUAACUUUUCUAUAUAGUUGCCAUUUUAAUUUUCCACUUUCCUUAUUACUGUAUAUCUGUUAUAAAUAAAAGUAUGGACACA